AUGACGACAACAAAUGGAGGGAUUCAAACUCAAAUCCCUAAACUGUCGGGACAAAAUUACUUCCACUGGCACAUUCAAAUGAAAGUGUUAUUGGAAUCUCAAGAUCUAUGGACAAUUAUAGAAGAAGGAUAUAGAGAACCCGCCGCCGGUGCAUUAGAAAGUGAUCGAAACAAUCACAAAGAAAUCGUUAAGAAAGACAAGAAAGCAUUGAACAUCAUGUUUCAAGCGGUCAAUGACACAAUAUUUGAACGAAUUGCAACAAGCAGAACUUCAAAGGAGGCUUGGGACACUCUGCACAAGGCUUACCGGGGAGAACACAGAGUCAAGACGGUAAAACUCCAAACUUUACGAUGUGAAUUCGAUGCAUUAAGAAUGAAAGAUAGCGAAACAAUAGAAGAAUACGUCAAUAGAACGACAGUGAUAGUAAAUCAAUUACGUUUAAAUGAAGAGAACAUCACUGAACAACGAAUCAUUGAGAAAUUACUUCGAAGUUUAACGAGAAAGUAUGAAGCGGUAGUCAUAGCAAUAGAGGAAUCCAAAGAUCAGUCAGCCCUAUCUACCCUAUCUACUGAAGAAUUAUUAGGAAUAUUGCAAUCACAUGAAUUGAGACUUAAACAAUAUGAUGAUAUACCCAAAUGGAACAAGCCUUUCAAAUACAAAGCACAAGUCAGGAUCGGUCAAGACCCUUUAGAUCAGAAAAUUACGAUAGAGGAAGAAGUAGGGGAAGAGGUAGAAAUUAUGGACAAAUACGAUGCUAUAACUGUCAAAAACUGGGGCACACGGCUCGUUUUUGUCAGAAAAAGGAUGAGGAUGAUAAGAAUAACAGUGUUUUAA